AUGCUCACAGAUAUCCUCACUCGUACGCUGAGUCAAUAUUUGCCCCUGGCUCUCGUAUUCUCUGGGUUCAUUUAUCUAGCCCGCAACUACUAUAAUCGAGAUUUGAACAAGUAUCCAGGACCGCUGGCAUGCGCUUUCACCGACUGGUACAGGUUUUUCAAGGCAUGGCAGAGACGACCUGAACAGUGGCAUAUAGAUUUGCAUAACAAACAUGGAGAUAUCGUCCGCCUUGGGCCAAACUGCCUGUCCUUUUCCAACCCAAAAUCUGUAAAAGCUAUAUACGCUUUGGGCAAAGGCUUUACAAAGGUACAGUCAUGUUACUAUCUUGUCUGA